CUGCUCUCCCCGCCGAUACAUUGUAACUAGUCAACACGCCGCUGCGCAGCCAAGCCCACGUCGCAUGCGCAGACCGCAGUCCCGAUUUGAGUCACUCUUGGCACAUAUAUAAACUAGCAAGAUUAGCUGACCUAGGGCAUCCAUCCGUUGUCUAAUCACACCUCACCCAUAUCAUCGACCACACUCACCAUGCCUGGAGAUCCUCAAGAUUCUUCUCGUCCUGUCACUUUAGCUGUAAUAGGCUGUGGCCAGCGCGGUCAAAAUUAUGCAGAAUAUGCACUGAAAUACCCCACCAAGUGUCGAGUCGUAGCCAUGGCCGAGCCUCGUCCCAAGACACGCGAGAUAUUUGCCAAGGCCCACAGAGUUGACGCGACCCUUGUAUUCAACACCUGGGAGGAACUCCUCAGUGCCUCCGCUGAUACGAUCAAGACAGUUGGUCGGCGCUUAGCGGACGCCGUUAUAGUGGCCGUUCACGAUCAUGCUCAUCGAGAGGUUACUGAAGCUUGCGCCGCUCAAGGAUAUCAUGUACUCUGCGAGAAACCUAUGGCAACCUCUAUCGACGAUUGUCUAAGGAUGGAGAAAGCUGUCCGGGAUGCUGGAGUCAUCUUUGGCAUGGGCCAUGUCCUCCGUUAUUCACCCUAUACUAAGGCUUUGACUGCUGUCGUUCGCUCCGGAGAACUUGGAGAACUUGUCAAUGUCACUCACCUGGAGCCCGUUGGCCAUUACCACUUCGCCCACUCAUACGUUCGCGGUCAUUGGGCCCGAGAAGAGGACGCGUCCUUUUCACUUAUGACCAAGAGUUGCCAGCGAUCCGCCGAACCACGUUUCACUCACAAACAUUGCAGUGACAUAGACGUUCUGUGCUAUUGGUUGACUCCUGCCACACCAACCCGGGUGUCAUCCUUUGGCUCCUUAAACCACUUUCGCAAGGAGAAGAAACCGGAAAAAGCUGGUAACGCGACAAGAUGUCUAGAUUGCCCAAUGGAGGCUGAGUGCCCCUACAGCGGGAAGAAAAUAUACCUCAACCCGGUUUCCCGAGGCAAUGUGCAUUGGCCAGCGAGUACCAUUGUGGAUGGCAUACCCGACAUAGAAAACAUCACUGAUGCACUCAAGACGGGUCCAUAUGGACAAUGCGUUUACGAAAGCAACAACGACGUCUGUGACAAUCAGGUCGUCAAUAUCGAGUUCUCGUCCGGAGCAACAGUCUCCUUCACCAUGGUCGCGUUUACGGAUCUUAUCUGCGAUCGCCAAACUCGUCUACAUUUCACGCACGGUGAGAUCGUGGGCAACAUGAGCUCGUUCACCGUCACGAACUUCCGUACGAACCACACAACUCGGCAUCAUCCUGCGAGUGAGGGCGGCGGUCAUGGUGGUGGUGACACCGGACUUAUCAGAACGUUCGUCGAAGCGGUACGAGCAGGCGAUCAGAAGAUCCUUGAUACGGACGCGAGUGAGGUUCUCCGUAGCCACCUUACGGUUUUCGCCGCGGAAGCAAGCCGGAGAGAAGGAAGGGUCGUUGAUUGCACCGACUUUGAGGCUGCAGUGAGGUCGGGAAAUGUAGCGUGAAUGAUUAAUUAUACCAAUACCCAUGUAUGAAUGCCAGUGCUUCCGAUUGAUAGUUUGCUUACGGCUGGUAAUGAUUCCAUGGACAAAGUCGAGGUAUCGCAUUUCGUGAUGAUAGAAAAGGGGGUACAGGGUAACAACGAUGUAACAAA